GUCAGCUGACGCGACAGGGUUUGAAGCGGCACCGCGAGGGAGCGAGGCCGCAGCAGCGGCAGCGGCGGGCGCUCGGACCCUGGCUGCCCCGCCGCGCCCGCCGGCGUCCGGCGCUCCCCGCCGCGGCAUGGCGGCCCCCGUGGGCCGGCGCGGCUCAGAGACUGAGCGCCUCUUAACCCCCAGUCCUGGGUAUGGCACCCGGGCUGGGGCUUCCCCGCCCCCCCCGGAAGAGGAAGACCUCCGCCGCCGGCUCAAAUACUUCUUCAUGAGUCCCUGUGACAAAUUUCGGGCCAAAGGCCGCAAGCCCUUCAAGCUGAUGCUGCAAGUAGUGAAGAUCUUGGUGGUCACGGUGCAGCUCAUCCUGUUCGGGCUCAGCAACCAGCUGGCAGUGACAUUCCGGGAGGAGAACACCAUUGCCUUCCGGCACCUCUUCCUGCUGGGCUACUCGGAUGGGGCGGAUGACACCUUCGCGGCCUACACACGGGAGCAGCUCUAUCAGGCCAUCUUCCACGCUGUGGACCAGUACCUGAUGCUCCCUGAUGUGUCACUAGGCCGCUAUGCCUACGUGCGGGGUGGGGGUGGCCCCUGGGCUAAUGGCUCAGCCCUGGCCCUCUGCCAGCAGUACUACCACCGAGGCCACGUGGACCCAGCCAACGACACCUUUGACAUUGAUCCCAUGGUUGUCACUGACUGCAUCCGGGUGGACCCCCCUGAGAGACCCCUUGUGCCCCCCAGUGAUGAUCUCUCCCUCUCGGACGGCAGCGCCAGUUACAAGAACCUCACGCUCAAAUUCCACAAGCUGAUCAACGUCACCAUCCACUUCCAGCUGAAGACCAUCAAUCUCCAGAGCCUGAUCAACAAUGAAAUUCCAGACUGCUACACUUUCAGUGUCCUGAUCACUUUUGACAAUAAGGCGCACAGCGGGCGUAUCCCCAUCAGCCUGGAGACCCAGGCUCACAUCCAGGAGUGUAAGCACCCCAGUGUCUUCAGGCACGGAGACAAUAGCUUCCGGCUCCUGUUUGAUGUGGUCGUGAUCCUCAUCUGCGCCUUCUCUUUCCUGCUGUGUGCCCGCUCGCUGCUCCGUGGCUUUCUGCUGCAGAAUGAGUUCGUUGGGUUCAUGUGGCGGCAGCGGGGACGGGUCAUCAGCCUCUGGGAGCGGCUGGAAUUUGUCAACGGCUGGUACAUCCUGCUGGUCACCAGCGAUGUGCUCACCAUCUCGGGCACCAUCAUGAAGAUUGGUAUCGAAGCCAAGAACCUGGCAAGCUAUGACGUCUGCAGCAUCCUCUUGGGCACUUCCACGUUGCUCGUCUGGGUCGGCGUCAUCCGCUAUCUGACCUUCUUCCAUAAGUACAAUAUCCUCAUUGCCACACUGCGGGUGGCACUGCCCAGCGUCAUGCGUUUCUGCUGCUGUGUGGCUGUCAUCUACUUGGGCUAUUGCUUCUGUGGCUGGAUCGUAUUGGGGCCAUACCAUGUGAAGCCCCUAGUUAUGCCCAUGGCUCCUUCUGACCCCACCAUCCCACUGCCCUGCUGGCAGUUUCGCUCGCUGUCCAUGGUGUCGGAAUGCCUGUUCUCACUCAUCAACGGGGACGACAUGUUCGUGACGUUCGCCGCAAUGCAGGCACAGCAGGGCCGUAGCAGCCUCGUCUGGCUCUUCUCUCAGCUCUACCUCUACUCCUUCAUCAGCCUCUUCAUCUACAUGGUGCUGAGCCUCUUCAUCGCGCUCAUCACUGGAGCUUAUGACACCAUCAAGCACGCAAACGUCACACAUGGUGUAUCAGCCCUGGAGAUUCAAGCCCAGACAUGCUCCCACUGUGUGCCACCACUCGGUAGAUGUGUCCAUCCAGGCACCCAGCGUGUGUCAGCACCCCGGCGGCGCUGGCGCAGAGGAGAGCGAGCUCCAGGCCUACAUCGCACAGUGCCAGGACAGCCCCACCUCCGGCAAGUUCCGCCGCGGGAGCGGCUCGGCCUGCAGCCUCCUCUGCUGCUGCGGCAGGGACGCCUCGGAGGAGCAUUCGCUGCUGGUGAAUUGAGUCGGCCCCGCCACUGCUGCUGGACAUUAGCCCUUCGACUGCCGAGACUCACGCUUAUUUAUUUUUAGGGUUUGCUUUUAAGGACCGGUUCCCCGCCGCGCCCUGAGGACCUGGGCCCGUCGGGUGGGACGCGGGUGGGACGCGGGUGGGACGCGGGUGGGGUGGGCGUUAAAUAAACGGGGAAAUAAACUUG